UUAAAACAAAACUAACUGAUUUUCUUCUAUAUACUUUGAUUCCUCGGGUCAUGCUGUGUAUAUAAAUAAAAUCAGUUUUUUCUAAAUUCACUUGGGGCAGAGUUAUAGCCCGAUCAAUUUACCAGAUAUAUCCUGCGCGUAUAUUUAUUAAAUCGAAUUAAACUCGGAGUUGUUCUGCGUAUCAAGUAGAUUUAUCCGUAAUAGGAAACUGGUCGAUCAUAAACAGCAAUACGGUAAAUAUAUUUAUGACGACUAUUUCGUUACUUCCAACGAGUUUUAUCAAUCUACAUAUAAAGUUUGUAAUCACACCCUUUAAUUAAUAUUACGUCUAUUCUUAGCUCCACGUAAAUAAAUCUCUGUCGUAUGCAAGAUUGAAAUCUUUCAAGCUUGUUCGAACUUUCACGCGAUUCAAAUCGUUUCUUCUCAAGUUAACGAAAAUUAACCACAAGUAUUUAUCCAAAGUUUGUUUACGAUGUUCGCUCGCGAGGCGAACGGAAAUUCACGAAAAAUAAAAAUCGACAACCGGAGAUUGUGCGUAACAAAUUCCCCCGUAAAUAACCGAGGUAAUUUUCUAGUCGUUCCUCGAAGGUCUCCUUGUCCCCGAUUCGAUAAACAAAUUACACGGUAAACGACGCGCCCCGUCUUGCUUUCUCGCGCGCGCGAAUCUAAUGUCACCCCAGGGGAAGCAAUUUUCAGCGUUUCACUCACGACGCACGUUCCGCGCCUCUGGCCCUAUUGUCUAUCGUACGUGUGCGCGACAGAGGCGCAAUUUAUCCUCGAGAACGCUGUCACGAUCAAAAAGAAGAAAACCCGUCUUCUCCUUUUCCAUGCAGCCUCCCAUCGAUCCGACGAAUUGCGAAAUUUCGGAGACCCAGCCAACCUGCCGCUCAAGAUGGACGACGUCACGACUUCUGAUGCGAAACAUCCUCGUGAGACGAACCAUGCAAGGGACACGGUGAAGCGACAGCGAUGGCAGCAGCGGGAACGCGACUUCGAGGUUCUCCGGGUCUUCUCCUUGCUCGUGACAGUCGAAGGGGGCACGAAGAAGUGGGAAUCAUUCUCGAGAUCACCUGGGCAAGGUCCAUGGGUUCGUAGAGGGCAUGAGAGCUCAUCAUGUUCGAACACCGACACGGGCCACGAACGCUGUCGACCUGCAACCUCUUCGGCGUGAUACUUCUUCUACUGAUCGUCGCCGGCAGCUACGAUGUGUCAGCGGAUUUUAGCUCCGAGUUUGUCAAAGGGAAAAUUUGUAUCGGAACCAAUGGCCGCCUCUCCGUUCCGUCCAACAAACAGCACCACUACCGGAAUCUUCGAGACCGGUACACCAACUGUACUUAUGUCGACGGCAACCUGGAGAUCACAUGGCUCCAGAACGAGACAUUCGACCUCAGCUUCCUCCAGUAUAUACGAGAGGUCACCGGCUACGUCCUCAUCAGCCACGUGGACGUCCGGAAGAUCGUUCUGCCGCGGUUGCAAAUCAUACGCGGCAGAACUCUCUUCAAGCUCAAUAUUCACGUCACCGAGUUCGCCCUGUUCGUCACGAUGUGUCAGAUGCACAACUUGGAGAUGCCGGCCCUCAGAGAUAUCCUCAACGGCAGCGUGGGCAUGUACAACAAUUACAACCUCUGCCACAUUCGAACGAUCAACUGGGACGAAAUAAUCACCAGCCAGGGUGGAACGUACUCCUACGUGUACAAUUUCACGUCGCCGGAGCGCGUCUGUCCAUCGUGCGACAAGAGCUGCGAGCAAGGUUGCUGGGGCGAGGGGCCUGAGAAUUGUCAGAGGUACUCGAAGACGAACUGUUCGCCCCAGUGCUGGCAGGGCAGGUGCUUCGGGCCCAAUCCGCGAGAGUGUUGCCAUCUUUUUUGCGCCGGUGGCUGCACGGGCCCGAAACAGAGCGACUGCCUCGCUUGCAAAAACUUCUUCGACGACGGUGUGUGCACGCAGGAAUGCCCGCCCAUGCAAAAGUACAAUCCUACGACGUACUCGUGGGAGGCUAAUCCUGACGGUAAGUACGCGUAUGGUGCAACCUGCGUGAGAAAGUGUCCUGUGCACCUCUUGAAAGACAACGGGGCUUGCGUAAGGUCCUGUCCGCCGAAAAAGAAAGCGCUCCACGGGGAAUGCGUGCCCUGCGACGGGCCUUGCCCGAAAACCUGCAAGGGCGUGGACAAAGUACAUUCCGGGAAUAUAAACAGCUUCAAGGAUUGCACGAUCAUCGAGGGCUCGAUCACGAUUCUAGACCAAAGCUUCAAAGGUUUCCUACAUCUCUUCAAGAACUACACAUUGGGGAAACGAUACGAGGAGAUGCAUCCCGACAAACUGGAGGUGUUCAGCACGCUGAAAGAAGUCACCGGGUUCUUGAACAUCCAAGGGGACCACAAGGACUUCAAGAACUUGUCCUACUUCCGGAACCUCGAGGUGAUCGGUGGUAGAACGCUGACGGAAUAUUUCGCGUCGAUGUACAUCGUGAAGACUUCGUUGGUGUCGUUCGGGCUCAGCUCCCUCAAGAAAAUUUACUCCGGCUCGAUCGUCAUUUUGGAGAACAAGAAUCUGUGUUACGCGCAGAGUAUCAAUUGGACUAGGAUGAAGAGAUCGUCGGAACACGAGAUUCUAUUGUCGAACAACCGGAACGAGACCGAGUGCAUAAAAGAUGGAUUGGUAUGCGACGAGCAGUGUUCCGACGAUGGCUGUUGGGGGCCCGGUCCGGCGCAAUGUCUAUCCUGCAAGAACUUCAUCUUAGGGAACGAUUGCCUUCAAGACUGCACUGCACCAGGAAUUUACCAAGCGGACAAAAAGACCUGCAAGCUGUGCCACGAGGAGUGCGACGGUUCUUGCACGGGACCGAACGCGGAGCACUGCACGAAAUGCAAACACGCGCGAGACGGUCCCUUCUGCGUACCCGAAUGUCCAUCUUCCAAGUAUAACGACAACGGCGAGUGCAAGGACUGUCACGAGAACUGCGUGGGUGGCUGCGAUGGGCCUAAGAACAACAUAGGCCCUAAUGGAUGUCACAGCUGCGAUAAGGCGAUCAUGAACGGAACCGUACCUGAAGGAUGUUUGCAGAAAGGAGAACCCUGUCCAGACGGGCAUUACUACGAGUGGGUGAGUCCUCAAGAACAAGGAGAGCUGAAGCAUUUAGCAGGGAAGGCCGUCUGCCGCAAAUGCCACCCUCGUUGCAAGAAAUGCACAGGAUACGGUUUUCACGAGCACGUGUGCCAGGAGUGCACGAAGUACAAGAAAGGCGAACAGUGCGAGGACGAGUGUCCAGCGGAUCACUUUGCGGACGCGGACACGCAGCUUUGCAUACCGUGCUUCAGCGAGUGCCGUGGAUGCUUCGGACCGGGCCCGAAUCAAUGCUACAAAUGUCGAAAUUACAAAAUCAAUGUGGACGAAGAUAUAGAUGGCAACGUGACGUCCUUCAACUGUACAGAGAUAUGUCCACCCGAGUAUCCUUACAAGAUCUUCCCUCUGGACAGCGAGCCGUAUUGUUCCCUGGAAGUAGUCGAUCCUGGACUCCGUGUGGAAAACGAACUUCAACCGGCUAUCCUGGCGGGCGUAGUGGUGUUUACGUUGGUGUUCAUCGUGGUAGCGGCCGUGAUCAUGUACUUCUGCCGCGUACGGGCGAAGGCGAAGGAGAACGCGGUCAAGAUGACGAUGGCGUUCACCGGGUUGGACGAUAACGAGCCUUUGCGUCCAACAGGCGUGAAACCGAAUCUGGCGAAACUGCGUAUCAUCAAAGAGGAGGAGAUGAGAAAAGGUGGGAUCCUGGGGUACGGUGCCUUUGGAAACGUCUACAAGGGCGUAUGGGUGCCGGAAGGUGAAAAUGUGAAGAUACCGGUGGCCAUUAAAGUCUUGCACGAUGGCACGGGCGCGAACACCUCGAAGGAGUUCCUCGACGAGGCGUACAUCAUGGCCAGCGUGGAACACCCGAAUCUGCUUCAGCUGCUGGCCGUCUGCAUGACCUCGCAGAUGAUGCUCGUUACUCAGCUGAUGCCGUUAGGUUGUUUGCUCGAUUUUGUGCGUACGUUCAAGGAUAAAAUCGGUUCCAAAGCACUCCUGAAUUGGUGUACACAGAUCGCCAGGGGGAUGGCCUACUUGGAAGAGAGGAGAUUAGUCCAUCGCGAUCUCGCCGCUCGUAAUGUCCUCGUGCAAACGCCCAAUUGCGUGAAGAUCACCGAUUUCGGUUUGGCCAAGCUCCUGGACAUCAACGAGGAACAGUACAAGGCUGCCGGCGGCAAAAUGCCGAUCAAGUGGCUGGCUCUGGAAUGCAUCCAGCAUCGAGUCUUCACCCACAAGUCGGACGUUUGGGCAUUCGGUGUAACCAUAUGGGAGGUCCUCACUUAUGGCGGCAGACCGUACGAGAACGUUCCCGCCAGAAACGUGCCGGAACUGUUGGAGAAAGGCGAGAGGCUACCACAACCGGCGAUCUGCACGAUCGACGUUUACAUGAUCAUGAUCAAGUGUUGGAUGUUGGACGCCGAGUCCAGGCCCAGUUUUAAGGAACUGGCGGAGGACUUUGCGAAGAUGUCUAGAGAUCCUGGUCGAUAUCUUGCCAUCAAGGGCGACAAAUACAUGAGAUUACCUUCGUAUACACUGCAGGACGAAAAAGAGAUGAUACGGAAUCUUGCAUCGGCCAUUGACGGCCCCGAGGCGUUAGUCGAUGCCGACGAGUACCUUCAGCCGAAAUCCAGGGCUCCGAUUCCACCUGGACUUUCGGCGUCCAGUACUUCCGGCUCCCCGCCGAACACCCCCGUGAAAACUGGCUGGCCCAAUGGUAAACCGCUCGCCGCCGACUCUCCCACGCCCCAAAAUCAACAAAACUGGGACAGAGAGUUGUUGAGGUACGGAGCGAAUCAUAGAAACGGAAACGCGCCCCACGAGCCCGGAAACUCUGGCCAGCACGCGCACUUCGCGCCUCCGAACGGCCAUUGCGGACAUCCCAUAGGUUCGGACAGCACCAGUUCAAGAUACUGUUCGGAUCCGUUGAAGAUGAUCGGCGUCAGAGAUUGUGAUGUAACGGACGAUUGUUUCGACGGUGAGAUGAACUCCGCGCACCAGCAGGCUCAAGUAGGUAACCUGAAGUUAGACUUGCCAUUAGACGAAGACGAUUAUUUGAUGCCAUCGCCGCAAUUGCCGACAAAUACGACGCAAUACAUGGAUCUCAUAGGGGACUCGAAACCCACGGAAUUGGAACCAAAGCGAGUCAACAACGGUUACCGGAAGUACCCAGAAUUCCUGACCAUCCCGGGUAAAACAUCGUUGGAUAAUCCGGAGUACAUAAUGUCCCAGGACGAAGGACCGUUGACUCCGCAGACUUUAGGUAUUCCAACGCCCGAUUUGGAGAAGGUAUUAACGAACGGGAACUUUGGGUCUCAGGUGAGACAAAGGAGUUCCGAGGAAGAAUCCGACCACGAGUACUACAACGACUUCGAUCGCCUGGAACGGGAGUUGCAGCCGCUGAAGCCACUUAGGAAGAACGAGACGACUGUCUGAGUCCAAGGUUUCCGAAGGAUACUGAACAAGGACUGUUCCGUUGUUUGAAACCGGAAACAGAAGGUCGAUAUCGCUCGUCCGUCGCCCGAGGUCGAAUCGAUCUCGGACUCGACGGACGGGAAACCUAAUCGGUACACGGAAUCCAGUUCCUCGCAAUGAGGAAACUUCAGAGUACUUAGAGAGGACACUUCGCCAAAGUGCCGUGUUUUGAUUGUGAUUAGACGUAAAACGCGAGAACUGUGCUAAAUUCCCCAGCAGAGUUUAAGGGAACUUAUCCCACACACGAUGGACUGUCGCGCGUGCGUACGAUGAACAAGUAGUGCAAAGAUAAUCUUAAUGUGCCAUUCGCCGUGGCUUGUAAAUAAAGUAGUGUCUACCACUUCUUUAGGGUUACAGAGAGUUUAAGGAUCGACGUGCAGUAAAUGGCAUAGAAAAUUGUCUCGCUUUUACUUUCGCCUGACUUCGACGGUCCAUGUUCGUUACAUCUUCCUCUUUCCUUAUAGAGACCACAGACCCGAGGAUUCUUCGUAGAAUAAUUUUUACGACUGUUUGCAUCAAUAUACGUAGAGUCGUUGUACAACUCGUGCCGCGCUUUCGUACGAUGAAUCGUCGCGUUUGUGGCCCCUAUUGGUUUCUUCCACAAAGAACGGACAAGGAAAACAAUCAUUCCGAUCGCGAACGUGGACCUCGCCUGUCUCUUCGAAAAUUCAGAACCACCCUCUUCUGUCUCUUCUAAUUUAAAGAGCACGAAUCAUGAGAUGUCGAUAAAUUGUACGCGGGGCCGUUACGCGAAUCACAGAAGAUCCGAUGAAAAUUUUCUUUAACCGCCCCGAGUGCGGAACAUCUGCGCGGUUCGCCGUUGACUGUGAUAAAGAAACGUUCUACUGCUUCACGAAGACACUUUGAACAUCUCAAUCGUUAAACAAUCCACUCUUGCCCCCCUUUUAACCCCCCUGGGUCGCAGUAAGCUACGACGUUACGACGAAUUGUCCUAAUUUACUGCCCGAACGUGAAGAGUUUCCGGAGUCGCGACACGAUGGUCGGACGAGACCCGAGAGAACACACGCGUCUCGUGACUCUACUUAAACGACCCCCUGUAUUCUUUUAUUUUUCAUGCCAUCGCCUUAGGAAAAGGGACCAAUGAAAUUGGCCUCGGCCGUAGCCCGCGGAUGCAUCUCGACUUUUUUUUUUUUAUAUAGAAAACGCGUUUUGUAAAUAGAUUAGUGGUUUAGCGCGUAAGACUUCUACUGAACGUAGAGAACGGAAAUGUACUUGAGUAAACUAAGCGAAACAAAAAAAAAAAA